GAUACACGAGCCUGUGGAGUCGAGCGCAAGAACUACACCUCCCAUCAAUCCACAGUUUCCGCUCUGUAAACAUGGCGGUGUUUUGGACAACAGCGUGAGUAAAGUACAGUAGCGUGCCACUAAACAAAACUUUCUGCUCCUUCAUACCGACUACAGCUAUUACAGAAACUGUACCAUUGUGCAACAACUUGGAUCGAAUCUUGAAUCUUUUUAUACCAUUAUAUUACGAGUUAAGGAACUGCCCUUAAAGCCAAACUCCACCUGCCGUUUCUUUGGAGUUUCUUGGCCUCUUCUGAGUACGCUACUAGCAUCCAGUUUAUCUGCACAGCGUCCACAGCGCCAUGCCCGAGGGCCCUGAGCUGCACCUGGCCAGUGUGUUUGUGAACACAGCAUGUGCUGGGCUGAUUUUCUCCGGCGCUGUGGAGAAGUCUGAGGUGAGUAAAGAAGCCGAGGUGCCGUUUGCCAGCGAUGCGUACCGAAUCAGCGCCACAUCCAGAGGAAAAGAAGUGCGGCUCACACUCACUCCAGUCAAACCUGACACACGGAGUAAAGGCAAACCAGAACUGAACCACGCGCCUAUGGAUGUGGUCUUCCGGUUCGGGAUGUCAGGUUAUUUCCGCUUCACUACGUUAGCAGAACUCCCUAAACAUGCCCAUCUGCGCUUUUACACCAAAGAGGUUCCUCAGAGAGUGCUGAGCUUCGUCGAUACGCGCAGGUUUGGCAGCUGGCAGCCUAAUGGAAGCUGGCAAAAAGACCGAGGCCCCUGUGUCAUGUCUGAGUAUAAGAGCUUCAGGGAGAAUGUUCUGUCCAAUUUGUCAGACAAGGCAUUCGACAGGCCAGUCUGUGAGGCUCUCUUAAAUCAGAAAUACUUCAACGGGAUUGGCAACUACCUCCGAGCAGAGAUUCUGUACAGAUUAAAGAUCCCUCCCUUUGUGAAGGCGAGAGCUGUGUUAGAGGGACUCAAACUAAAACAUGAAGAAACAAUGAACGUUAAAGAGGAGCCCAGCACAGAGGCGGCAGAGAAAACAGAUGUGGAUGAGAAAACUGAGAAUCCAGACCUCCUCUCUCUCUGUCACACGGUACCACUUGAAGUGAUUAAUCUGGGUGGAAAAGGAUAUGACCCAGGGAAGGGAGAUUACACAGAAUUUGUUUCCUGGCUGCAGUGUUACAGCGUUGAUGGGAUGAAUUCAGUAAGAGACCACAAUGGAAGAACUAUGUGGUUUAAAGGUGCUCCUGGUCCAAUGGCCCCUAAAGCUUCCAAAUCUCCCAAGGCAAAGAGAAAAAUAAAGAAAGAUGACUAUACAGAUACAAAGAAGGAAAAGCUUGUAAAGAAGGAACCAGGGGCUGGAAAAAGGGAGAAGGAUGAGCCUAAGAAACAGAGUGGCACCAGACGGCAGAAAGCCAGCAAGAGUGGACUAGAAGCAGAAGCAGCUGAUGACAGCAGAAGACCAAAUACACGCAGAAAGAGUAGCGCAACAGGUCUAAGGCAAACCAGAGCUAAGAGUACAGGAAGCCCAAGUGUACGGAAAGCUAACACUAAAUCUAAGGCCACCAGCAGACCUCGCAGGAAGAGCAGUAGAACUGCUUAAGGGCAGUUUGUAAAAAAAAAAAAUAAUAAUUUCAUGACUGCUGGAUCAAGAGGCAACUGUCUGUAUGUAUGUAAAUACUAAGCUGUAGAGGGGCAGUUAAUAAGCAAAUCUAGCCAUGCACAUCUGGUUCACAUCAGCUAUUGCUUGGAAUAAUCACCAUUUUAUAUUUGUAACACAUUUAUCUGAAAAAUAAAUAUAUUAUAUAUAAGUUUCUGUCCUCUGUCUGGCAUGACUGUUAUUGUUAAUGAUUGUUCCAUGAUGGUGUGAUACACUGAAGACCCUGUGUUAACAUUUUUAAUUCAUUCUUAAUUUUUCUAGAUUGAAGAAAGAAAUAGGUAUAUGUGAGCUGAGAAGUGUUUGUGUAUUUUUUUUUAUAAUCUGGACCUUGCAACAUGACAAUGACCGAAAACAUACCAGUAAAUCCACCAAGGACUGGCUGAAAAGUAAAAAAUGCAGAGUUCUGGAAUGGCCAAGUCAAAGCCCAGAUCUAAAUCCUACUGAGAUCCUGUGGGGUGAUUUGAAACGGACUGUGCAUGCAAGAAACGCCUCAAACAUCACAUAGCUGAAAGAAUUCUGCAUUGAGGAGUGGGGGAAACUUUCUUCCAGUCGAUCUCAGAAACUGGUAGAUGGCUACAAGAAACACCUCAUUGAUGUUACUUCAGCCAAAGGGAGAAACAGUAGCUAUUAGGGUAUAGGGUGUCCUAACUUUUUCCUCAGUUGAAAUACUCAUUUUUGUUGAUUUCUUUUGUUUAAUAAGUGAAAACAAAGUGAUGUGAUUUUUUGUUGUGUACAUGUUUACAUCAGUUCUAUCUACAGGUACAAAUUAAAACAAGAUCAGAAAUUGA